AUGUCUCGCACUGCCCCACCCGAUUCGGAAGCCACUGUCGCCACGUUAUUUGCAGGCCCCGGCAGCGCCUCUAAUUCCACCUCCUCGGUUAGUGAGAAUGUGGGAUUUCGAUUCGUUCUCGACCGCACGGUCCAAACACUCUCCAGUAACGGCGUCCCCGACUCUGGCUCCGUGUCGGGUCUGUUAUUCGUUCCGAGCCUCAGCCCGAAAGAUCCGUGCAAUAAAGAUCUCGCUUCGUUUAUCCCAUCCAAUGUGACGCGGCAUGAGGACGUUUCAGAAUUUGGAUACCCGGUCAUCGGACUCGCCCCAUGGGUAUCUGACGACUGCACUCAAAAGUUCUUAGCUGCCUCACGAGAUGCUGGCACAGCAGCUCUUGUUUUCUUCCAGCCAAACAAUAAUAAAACGGGACUCCCACCCCCUGCCUCAGACGAUAAUUGGAAGUUGAAAGACGAACGUUGGAGAAGCGACAACGAAUUCCCUGUCUACGCCAUUCCAGGACCUGCAGGUACAACUUUGAUGGGGGAACUGUCGUGGUUCUCCGACGGACAAUCCAAGAACUCAACUAAUAACCGAACUCGAACUACUCGGAGUCACGAGAGUGAUCGAUUGUUCACCAUGAUUGAUACGAAGCCUAGCCUCUGGAGCUUCGUGCUCGCAAUCCUGGGAACAAUAAUUGGACUUACUCUCGUCCUUCUUAUUCUGUAUCGAAUCAUUCAACGCAAACGACGAGAGAUGCUUCGUGAGCGCAUCAAUUCCGGGGAAGUCGACAUCGAGCAGUUGGCUUUGAAUCAGCUUAAGGUCCCGAAAGAAACCGUGGAGAAGAUGCCGAUGUACAUAUAUCUGGGCUUUACGGAAGAUCCAGAGGUAGAUGCCCCCAAAACUCCUGUGGAGACAGAGGCCACAGAGGUCGACUCGAGCAGCACCACCUCCACUCCAACUUUGACGGAAGGACGGCGAAGCACAGAAAGUGACGGUGGCAUCAGAAAGCCCGAACCAGCUGUGCUAAAGCCAGACGCCAAUGACUCAGAUGACUCAAGUUCGUCAAGGAAUCCCUUCCGGCUGAGCUAUACCCAAACAACCUGCGCCAUCUGCCUUGACGAUUUUGUUGCUGGGACUACAACAGUUCGGGAACUACCCUGCGGUCAUAUUUUUGACCCUGGGUGCAUUGAUGCAUAUCUCACAGAGACUAGCAGUCUGUGCCCUCUCUCGUCCCACACACAAUCCUCGCCCUCGACUUUGGUAAAGACUCCCUCUCGAACUUUUCUCAGUUGCGACAACGACAACCGACGACCCUGCUCAGCCGACAAGAUGGGUGCCCUCAAGUACGUCGAAGAGAUCCAGAAGAAGAAGCAGUCCGAUGUCAUUCGGUUCUUGCUCCGCGUUCGCUGCUGGGAGCUCCGCCAGCUGAACGCCAUCCACCGUGCUUCGCGCCCCUCCCGCCCCGACAAGGCUCGCCGUCUUGGAUACAAGGCCAAGCAGGGCUACGUCGUCUACCGCAUCCGUGUCCGCCGCGGUGGCCGUAAGCGCACUGCUCGCAAGGGUGCCACCUACGGCAAGCCCACCAACCAGGGUAUCAACCAGCUCAAGUACCAGCGUGCUCUGGCCGCUACCGCUGAGGAGCGUGUUGGCCGCCGCUGCGCCAACUUGCGUGUCCUGAACUCCUACUGGAUCAACCAGGACUCCACCUACAAGUACUUCGAGGUUAUCUGUGUCGACCCCCAGCACAAGGCCAUCCGCCGUGAUGCCCGCAUCAACUGGAUCUGCAACUCCGUCCACAAGCACCGUGAGGCUCGUGGUCUUACCGCUACCGGCAAGAAGUCCCGUGGUAUCAACAAGGGCCACCGUUACAACAACACCAAGGCCGGCCGCCGCCACACCUGGAAGCUCCAGAACACCCAGAGCUACUGGCGUUACCGUUAA